AUGAAAACUUCUUGCAGGUCAAAUUUCAACAGGGUGAAUUUCAGGAGCUUUUACACAUUUAUUUUAGAAAAGGAUGAAGAGAUCAUUUCUGCAGCAACCAUAAGGAUUCAUGGAACAAACCUUGCUGAAAUGCCCUUCAUCGCGACAAAUAAGGAAUAUAGGAGAAAAGGAAUGUGCAAAAAGCUAAUGGCUGCCAUUGAAUCAACUCUUUCCUUUCUAAAGGUAGAAAAGCUGGUAAUUCCAUCAGUAUCAGAGUGCAUAGGGACCUGGAUAGAAAGCUAUGGUUUUCGUCUCAUUAGCUCUCCACUACCGAAAGAGAUAACAUUGCACAAUACAUUGAUGUUCCAUGAUUCAGUGAGAUUGCAAAAAGACAUCCGUCCAUCCGCUUCUGAUAAGCCAGAGGAGACACGGAGUUCCCCGAAGAAAUGUGAAGAGCCAAGACCCUUUGACUUGAAUGUUGAAGCAUCUCAUCAACAGGACAAAGACUGAUAAUUAAAUUGCAUUUUCGAAGCAGUAUAGUUCCUAUAUUUAUGAUAAGGAUUUCAAAUUUAGUAAAGACCUCUUAGAUAGUCAUUUACAUUUCACAGGCCAUGCCUAUAUACUAUUUUGUUACAGAUGUACCUCAAUUUCAAGAUCAUUGUUAUGCUCAUGUUUCCCUUUUCUUUUUUUAAGUUUCGUUCUUUUUGUUGAGAUUCGAUAGAGGUUUGUUUGCUUAAACAUGAAUUUCUUUACAUCAUGAAUAAUGAAUGUUUUCCAAAGUGACUUAGUGCCAAAGAAUCCUAGAGAUCUUUCCUAGGGUACAUUGGUGGCAACAACAAGAAAACAAAAGCCUGAACAAUGCAAAAGAUAUACCAUUUUUCUUUUCUUAAAUAUCGAAAAGGACACCUUGAAAUUCUGUAUUUAUUAAGUAGCAGG